UGGAAUUUCGAAUACUUAAUUUUAAAUUUAUGUUAAUUAGUUUGUUCUUUAAAACACUCUUAAAGCGUUGUUAAGCGUGUUUUUAAGAUCUGUUUUUGAAAAACAUUAAGCAAGAAAUAGCUCAAAUACGAAUUUAAAUGAGCAAACCUUAGUAUUAGGUUGGAAAAACAGCGAAUAAAGACGUGCAUUGCUAGGAAAUUUACACCAUGGGUCUAAUGGAGAAACUGUCUUCGUGGCUCGGAGGGCCAGCUGCAGGCAGGGAGAUCACGAUCCUGGUACUAGGUUUGGACCACAGCGGGAAGACGUCCCUCCUUAACGCCUUACGUCCACCUGACCGGAGAGUCACCUCGGAGCCGACACUCGCGCCCAGACAGGACAACUUUACGUUUGGCGGAUUAUCAGUGGUGGCGGUGGAAGCGGGUGGAGCUCGGCGAGUGCGGGCGCUGUGGGAACGCCAGUACGCAGCGGCGAGUGGAGUGCUGUGGGUGGUGGAUGCGGCUGACGCUCUCCGACUUGCGGUUGCCCGCGAUGAGAUGCAGCUCAUGCUGGAGCACCCGGCUAUGCGCGCGCGACGACUACCACUGCUGGUCUGUGCCAACAAGGCUGAUCUUCCGCACGCCCUGCCACCCGCCCAAGUCGCUGCCGCACUUGGUCUGGAGCGCGUGACAGAUAAACCAUGGCACGUGUGUGCCACAAGCGCGGUGUCCGGCGCGGGUCUCACCGACGGCCUCGCCUGGCUGACCCGCCAACUCAGAGACCUCCACACGGACCACUGAAACCUGCGAUCUCAGUCAUCACUCUGAAAAAGAAGUCUUGUUUAACAGAAAAAUAUUUUUUGUUAUAUUUUUCAACUACAACUCAUUUCUCAUAAUUAAGAACUUUAUAGUAUACCUAACCUCGAUUUGAUAUCAUUUCCUUGAGAUCAAAGUAGCAUUCUCCUUAAGAAAAACAUUGAGAAGUCAUAUUUUAUUAAUUACAGCGAAAGGUUUCAUAUAUAGAUAUAUAAAUAAAGGUUUCAUAAACAUUAUAACUAAUAUAUAUAUAAAUAAAAAUAAAUUAAAUGUUUACAGUUUUCUAGUCUGUUCUGUUAUAUUCGUUUUUGUUAUUAGAUUUUUCGCUUAUUCCAAAAUAUACCAUUAAAAUAAUGUUUUAUUUUAUUAAAUGAGCAAGGAAACCGACCCUAAUUAUUAGUAUCUAUAACCGUACCUACAAAAAAUUAUCUAAAAAAAACCCUCAGAUUUUUUUUAUUUAUACGUAAAAUAUGCUUGUACAUUAGUAAAUUCAUUAAUAUUUGGAUCAAUAGUUUUUUUUAACUUUGUAGUUUGUUGUUAGAAAAACUAAAAAUAAAUACGUCAUCGUUCUGAAUUUAGCUUUUGACAAUUUGCCAACUCACAAACAUUAAUUCUUUUCUAGACAUUGCUUAUUCCUAUAAUUUUUUUACUAUGAUUGUUAUUAUAUUUAUAAAAUGAUUUUAAUAUAACUUCUAUUUAGUUUUUAUGAAUUUUAGAUAUAACAUAUGUAAUAUUAUUUUUGUGUGUUUGAUCUUACUCUCUUUGAGUACCACCACCUUAUAAAUCGAUCCCUUGCUACUUUUUGUCAUUACUCCAACAAAAUAUUUUAUGUAAACAUUGGUACUUUUAGUAAAAUUUUGGAAAUUUAACACAAUUCUUCACGUUUCGUCUAAAUCUAUGACUAUUCGCUGAGAGAAUCCGUUUCAGCUGAAUCUGAUAAUCCUUCUGCUAAGCUAGGAAUAUCAAUAUUGUAACUAUAUACCCCGAUGAUAUUGCAGGAAUAAGAAAUAAAGUUUCGCUAAAACAUAA